UAUUCAUGAUGCUUAAGACAGCCGAUAUUUUUGCUCUGGUGACCUUGUCCAUCAUAGCACACAAGUCUCUCUCUGAACCAUCAUGCACURCGUAUAGAUUUGCAGAAACCCCAGGAAUGGAACUACCCAAUCACGUUAUUYUKACRAUGACUAAAAGUUUGAUUGURUUGUGCUGGGAAGAGUGUGUUCAGUUACCAUGGUGCUUCUCAAUYAAUGUYCGUCAAUUAUUCGACGUGUUUUAUGAAUGCGAUUURAACAACUCAACCAUGGGUGCAGCUGGUGGCCUGGAACCUAGGCUGGGUUCAGAAUACCAUGAAAUGGUGGAUGUAAGUGCUGCUAUGUGUGAAGCGAAGGAUUGCAUCAUCAAACAAAUCUUGGAAAAUGGAUGGUACCGCAUUGGUUCCCGAAUGUUAAAGCUGUUUAAAGAAGAGAAAAACUGGACUGAAGCGUCCGAGCACUGCAAGGCAAAUAGUGGAAACCUCACGUCAUUGUCCUCUUCUUUCAAAAAUGGCUUUGUUUAUGACGUUUUGACAAAACCGAUUCAGGCUAAUAUAACAGCACCAGCUCCAAGCACGCACUACUGGGCUCUUGAUGGUCAUGAUAGUGAUAUUAGUCUACAGGUCAAGGGAAAUCCAAAACAAGCCCAAUACAAAACUUACGAUGGCGAAUUAUCACUGUACGUCAACKUAAAAAAUAGCUACGCUGACAUACCAGCAUUCCAGUUUAAUUUGGAAGGCUUUACAUUGGCUUUUAAGUUAAAAAUCGAUAAAUUCGGAGACCAAAAUGUGGGUACAAUUUUGACAGAUACAAUUUCUUCUGAAAAACCUGGCUUCAUUCUUAAUUAUCGAAAACAAGAAAAACGGCUGGAAUUUACGAUGAGCUCUGACGAUGGAAUUUUUCUAAGUUUGAAAACAAAAGCGGCAAGCCCUGUUUCACGGUCAAACUGUCGCCAUAUUGCCAUAACCUGGAACAAAACAAAUGAAAAUGCUGCCAUUGCUGUCAAUGGAAAGGUCAUGAAAGUAAAAGUGGAACUAGAUCGCCAAUCAACAGACUUCAAAAAAUCUACCAGUAAUGUUUAUAGAUUUGGAAUACCUUCAGAUAUCACUAKCAAUCGAAGGCCUUUUCAUGGAUUUAUGAAGCAGUUGAUGGUGUUUGACAGAGCUCUGACUAUCGAUGAGAUCAAUGACGUCAUGAAGUACAACGAAUAUGGACCGUGGAUUGGCCUAAGUGAUCUAACGCAAAACAAGCUAUUUGGCUGGUCAGACGGAACUCACAUCUCUAACUACAUUCCUCUGCCCGCUUACAGCCCAGAUACUGUAGCAGACACUUCUAGUUGUGCSGCAAUGGGAAGAGGUGGCAAGUGGAUGAAUAAAAACUGCAAUGAGAAACGUCCAUUCAUAUGCGAGAAAGCAUUUUACUAAUUCUAAUACUAAAACUAUUUACUAUUCUCGUUUAGAUGAGAAAUCUCGAUAUUUCGAUGGUCAUAAUAAUGUAAUGAAAAAAGUUAAUUACUCAAUUUUUUAAACAACUAGACGCAUAGCUGCGUGAACUCGGGGUUCUGCUUGAAUAUAUUAAAACGAUGAAGUGACAACAAUGAGUGUUG